AUGGAGAUUGCAGGCUUAGGCAUCGGUAUCGCAGGGCUGGCGGGAAUGUUCUCCACGUGCCUUGAUGUAGUGGAGCGAAUCGACUCGUACAAGGAUUUUGGCAUAGAUUCUCGCGCUAUCAUGUCUCAAUUCGAUGCUCAAAAACUAUUAUUCAAAAGAUGGGGCAAAGCCGUUGGCUUUGAAGGCAGCCGACUGAGAGAUGAUCACCAUGAGUAUCUCGAUGAUGCGACAACCCUUUCGGUCGUUCAGAGCAUUCUUGACAGCAUUUGCGAAAUCGCGGGCGAUCCUGAUAGGCUGUCACUAGGCAAGCAGGAUAGGCCAGAGUUCGCGGGUCCUAAACGCCAGCCUUAUGGCGCCCAAGAAUCAUGGCAUGGCAGAUUCCGUGGUGACGCAUCACACAAGGCCAAGAUAGGGUGGACUUUGCGGCAUAAAGCGAGAUUUCUUGCUCUCAUUCAGCAUUUUGGAAAUCUGGUGGAGAAGUUGCAUCAGUUGGUGCCUCCCAAUGCACCAAUGUCAAUGGAUCUGAUGGCCAAACAGGCACUUCGUGGAAAUAUCGCGUCUCCGAAUGGUGUACCUUCCGAUCUACCCGUAGAAGAUGGAAGAAGCUCAUGGUAUAAUGAUACUGAACGGAUUUUGAAGGAUAUUGAAAAGCAAAUCCAACGUACUCUGAGAAAGGACCUUGAUACCUGGCUGCGCGCUUCCUUCAAGGACAACACUUACAGCGCAUCCAUCGAGAAACGACUUCCUGACACUUGUGAUUGGAUCAUGGAUCGUCAGGCAUUCUGUGAUUGGGAGUCUUCCGAAUUUGCACCGGGCUGUGCCAAAGUUUUAUGGAUCAAUGGACCUGCAGGUUACGGCAAAACUAUCCUAAGUGCUAGAAUUGUGCAGCACCUUGAAGCCCAUAGACAGUCGCCGAUGGCUGUUGUGUUUUUCCCCGAUCUGGAAGAUAUGGCGGACCCAUUCAUCGUCGCUCGACAUUGGGUAUCGCAAUUGAUAUCCCAAAGUCCUGAAGCCUUAGACUUGGCCUAUGAGAGGUUCCAUAUCGCAAGGACCUCAAUUGCGUCGUCUGGUGAAACCAUGGAUUUGUUGAAAGAAAUAGUACACACUAUUCCAGAUUGCACAUUCGUUGUGGAUGGACUGGAUGAAUGUUCGUCGAAAGGACCUUGGAGCCCCACGCAGAACGAUGGACUUCAGAAGUUCAUACACAAGAGCAUAGAAGCAAUACGUGGCACUACCUCACGGAUCCUUUUGACUAGCCGUGUGGAACAGGACAUACGCAACGGCCUUUCAGAGAUUGAUGGCAGUGGCAUUGGGAUCAAAAUGAUCGAGUACAGCAUUACACCCAGUGAUGUGCGACCAGAUGCAACGAAGCUUUCAGAAAGUAUCGUGAGCCGAAAUUUGCAGAAUAAAAGCCAGAAAUUUCGGGAUGAGAUUGCACGCCGAAUGGUCGACCGGUGCGACUCAAUGCUUUUACAGAUCAAACUGUUAGAGAACGACAUACGAGGAACAAGGAAUCAAAAGCAGACGGAACGCAUCAUAGAUCAGACGCCUUCAGGGCUCAGCGACCUCUACGAUCGGAAUUGGCAGAGAAUACUCGAGCGACGAAACGAGCGCCCCCGAGCAUUGGCGAUCCUGCGAUGGGUCGCAUUUGGUUUACGCCCGCUUACUGUCCUUGAAAUGACAGAAGCCCUGCCCUUUGCUGAGCUUGAGGUUGUUGACGAUCUCGAGGAUGAAAUGCCAAAUGAUCUUGACGAUGAAUAUGUCAGAAGCGAAAUCCUGGAUUUGUGCUCCUUUUUGGUUGAAACACGAGUAUCGACUUCAUCCAACGACAUCACCUCACGGACACUGCAUUUUACGCAUUUUACCGUGAAAGAAUAUGUACUCCAACACUUACAAAGGGUUCCAACCAAUCCCCUAAGUGAAAAUCAUGAUUUGGAGCUGAAUUAUCAGGCAGCCCAAAAUAACAAACUGGCCGAGAUAUGCUUGCGUUAUUUGAACAUGCCAGAGUCGGAGACAACACAACACGAAGGCCCGACCAAUUCACGGCGCGGUUUCGGAGGCUAUGCUUUCGAUUUUUGGUAUGAGCACACGAGGCGCGAUGCACAGAAUUACGCCAGGGUCAGCAGACUCCUCGUCAAGUUCUUCUGCAAUAAGGAUGGUCAAUGGGAGAGCUGGAGGAAACAUUAUGACUCCAAGUUGGCCAACUCCCUGAUGCUUUCAUACAAAGGGGAGACAUCGUCCGGUUCUCCUUUAUUCUACGCAUCGCUUUUAGGUUACCAAGAGGUUGUGGAGGAGCUGGUCCACCGCCACGGCGUGAAUGUAGACCAUGUUGAUGAGUCCUGCCGUACGGGAUUCUUCGCGGCUGUACACGAAAGCAAUCAUAAUCUCGUCGAAUUUUUCCUGCAACACAAUGUAGAUAUCGACAAGGCAAGUAACAUGGGCCGUAGUCCACUCUACGUGGCCUCAUAUCGCGGAAGCUAUGAGAUAGCCAAGCUACUACUUGAGAAGGGCGCCGACGGGGCGCUCUCGAAUUGCGCCGGACGGACCCCACUCAAUAUGGCGGCACAGUGUGGAUACGUGAAUAUAGUCGAACUACUGAUCGAGAAGGGAGUUGACUGGGCGGUUUCGGAUGGAAACACGUGGACACCACUUUACGCUGCCUCGAGCAAUGGACACAUCGAUGUGGUCAAGCUGCUGCUCGACAAGGGUGCCGACCUGGAAAUCACCAACAAGGACGGGUUUACACCAUUAGCAACAGCAUGUGCUUACGGACACCUCGAAAUUGCUAAACUGCUUCUCGAUGAAGGCGCUGACGUAGCUACUAAUAAUAGCUAUGGAUAUACUCCACUGAGUUUGGCUUCUUGCCACGGACACCUCAGCGUGGUCAAGCUACUUCUAGAAAACGGCGCCAAUCUCACUACCGCGAGUAAUCAGGGGGCAACGCCGUUAUAUUCUGUUUCAGAAAACGGCCACAUUGAUGUGGUCAAGCUACUUCUAGAAAAGGACGCCGAUCCUAACAUGACGAAUAACGGGUGGACACCGUUGAUGGUUGCUUCACAUAAAGGCCAUUUUGAAGUAGUUAAGCUACUCCUUGAAAGGGGGGCUAAUCUGGAUAUCGCGAGUAACACCGGGUUGACAUCGCUGAAUAUUGCUUCGCAUAAAGGCCAUUUUGAAGUAGUUAAGCUACUCCUUGAAAGGGGGGCUAAUCUGGAUAUCGCGGAUAACGACGGGUCGACACCGCUGAAUACUGCUUCAUAUGAAGGCCAUUUUGAAGUAGUUAAGCUACUCCUUGAAAGGGGGGCUAAUCUGGAUGUCGCGGAUAACGACGGGUCGACACCGCUGCAUUAUGCUUUAUCACGGAACCACCUGAAAGCAGUACAGCUGCUCCUGGAAAAAGGCGCCGACAUCAAUAAAGCGCAUGUCACUGGGUGGACGCCACUACAUUCUGCUUCAAUCAACGGACACGUCGAAGUGAUCAGACAACUCUUGAGGGGAGGUGCUGAUUUAUCCAUUGCAACGAAAUUGGGCCACACUCCAAUUCAUGCUGCAGCGCGUGGUGGGUGUUUUGACGCUGUUGAACUCUUACUUCAUGAGGGUGCAGCUGUAACAGCCGUAUCUUCCAAUGGAGGCACGCCACUUCAUCAAGCUGCAGUUGGAGGACAUCUUGAUGUUGUUCAAUUACUUCUCCGCAAUGGUGCAAACAUGUGUGCUUUGGAUGUUUUUGGAAGGCCACCUUUGCUCUACGCAAUCAGAGGAGGAGACUUUGCUACUUUCUCCGCCCUCCAAUGUCAAAAACUUCUCGAGCCUGACUGUCAAGACGUCUUUGGCUCGAACGCCCUUUCUUUCGCUGUACGAUAUGGUCAUGAAGAGAUGAUAAGAGCUUUUCCUGUUCUAUCAAAACAAUCCCUCAUGGUGGAAGAUCGCUUUGGUCGUACGCCCAUCUGGUGGGCUCACAAGCAGGGUAACAUGCGCAUGGUCGAACAAGUUACCGCACCUCUAGGUCCUAUUAGCCCCCCAGACUUUCCUACUGGACUACCCGCAAAAUCCUCUGUCGAAGGCCCUUGCUGUGAUGUAUGCUUCGCAAGCUUGGAUGAAGUAUACUACGAAUGCAAGGUUUGUUGUGCUGGGGACUUUGAUGUCUGCGUUGACUGCUACAAUGUCGGAGCUCGUUGCUUGGUAGACGCUCACACAUUACUUCAGAAAAGGUAG